AUGGCAGGCGGGAGGGCUGAGCCGCGUCCCUGCUCCGCGCUCCUGGGCUUGGCCGCAGGAUCCCUCCUGCUGGCAGUGCAUUUCUACAGCUUGCCCAGAGCCACCCCUCUCAUCCCCAGCACAGCUCUAGGAGUCCUGCUCUUGAUUUUAUCAGCUCUUUUGGCCUAUGCAGGGGUGUGGAGGAGCCCACGGAGAGCCCCCCUGCUGCUGUCCCUCUGCCUGACCGUCUCGGUGCUCUGGUGUGGCUACGGACUCAUCCUCAUCCUGGGAGGGCAGGAAGUGCUGAAGGACGUUGAUGAUUUCCGCAGUGCCUGGGUGCCUGGCCUGGCCACGUUCACUGUGGCACUGCUCAGCAUCUCCGUGGUGGGCUUCCUGUGCAGGGAGGUCCUCCUGGCUGUGAUUGCUUCUGCCCUCUCGCUCGCCAGUGCUCACGAGGUCGCCCUGCAUUAUGGCACAGCUUUUGGUUCCUCUGCUGUGGCCUGCAAUUACAUGGUUGUCUGCUUGGCUGGCGCUUAUUUUGGUGUGGGGAGGAUUCUUUACUUCCUAACUAAAGAGAAAAUUGCCCUCCCUGGCACAGACCUGGCCAAGAAGAAGACCCACGAGCAGAGCCAGCCCAGCAGUGGCAGUGGGAACCCCUUUGCAGCCACAGGGCUGAUCCUGAACAUGCUGUCUGCCAGUGUCUUUGGCUGCAGGCUGCUGGGGGUCACCCCCAAGCUGUUUGUGGGCCAGGUGCCCUGGCUGUGGGCAGCUGGGCUCUACCAGCUGGGCAUCUGUGUCCUGUCCUACCGGGCAAUGGAUGUGCUGGGGGCCACCUUCUUUGGUUUCACCUCCAUCCUGAAAUUUGCUGGAGGCUACUGCCUUCUCUACCCCCUCUGGCAGCCGGAGGAGCCAUCUUUUCCUACUCCACUCCUGGUGGUUUUCUCAGUUCUUUUUGUGGUCCUGGCCCUCUUCCUCAGCCUCAGGAGCCCCUUGGAUGGCCUGUACCUGCUGUUCUAUGUGGCCUCCUGCGCUGCCUUAGCCUGCAGCCCCAAGGGGUUUUUUGAAGGUGGCCCCCAAGGUGUGGACGUGGCCAUCUUUGUGGCCUCAGCCCUGAUGUCUCUGAUUCACCUGUACAAUGGCAGAGCAGGUGCCCAGAUCCCCACAGGGCAGGCUGCUGCCAAGGCCCUCCUGGCUCGCAGCAGCUUCCUGAAGCUCCGGGAGGGCUCGGACCUCCACGCUCCCUACCUGGGCUAUUCCAAGUAUGCAGAUGCAGAAGUCCUGGGCUACGCCUGCAGUGUCCUGGCCUCCUUUGCCAUCACAGUGCCAGGGGACCCCCAGACACCCCUUGCCACUGUUGUCAUUCCAUGGGUGGUGGUGGCUGGUGGGAUCCUUCAGCUCCUGAGCGGCUCGGUGGCCUUUGCUCGGGGUAAGACCUUGGAGAGCAGUGCCUUCAUUCUCUACGCUGUCAUGUGGAUCAUCUGGGGCCUGGCAAGAUAUGGUGGCCUCUAUGGCACUGCCAGGAGCUUCCACGCAGCUGUAGGCAUCGUUGCCUUCAUGCUCUUCAACGGCUUCAUUGUCUUCUGCACCCUCUUCUUAAACACCGCCUGGUUCUUUUACUCCCUCACUUUCUUCCUGGUGGCUGCCAGCUUCCUACUGGACACCCUCCAUGCCCUCCCAGCUGGCUAUGACCUUGCUGCCACCCUCAUCUUUGGUCUGGUCAGCUUCUACUGCUUCCUGUCUGCCCUUUGCAGCAGCACCUUGGAGGGCUCCUGCCUGCCCAUGGGGAGGCCCCUGGUGCAGCUCAGCGGGGUGGGGGCAGCAGGGACCAGGUGCCCUCACCUGCCUGCCAGGAAAGCUUCUUCAGUCAAGAGAAUUGCAGACAUCCUGAAGAAUGGAGGGACCUGUGGCAUCCCCACGGACACUGUGUACGUGCUGGUGGCAGCCUGCAGCCGGCCCGACGCUGUGGAGAAGGCUCACCACUCCAAGCGCCAGGCUCAGGAUCGCCCCAUGUCACUCUGGAUUUCUAGCCUAAAGCAACUGGAACCUGCAAAGCAUUUGUUCAGUCCCCUUCUCUGGGACUUCAUGGAGGCUGCCUGGCCAUCUCCUAUCAGCUUGGUGGUUCCCAGAGGUGAAUGGGUGGACUUCCUGGGGAUGAAGGACUCAGCUCGGUACGUGGGCACCCAGCAGAGCGUUGCCAUCCGCGUCCCCGACUGCUCCGUCACCACACACCUCAUCGACCUGGUUGGCCCCAUUGCUGUCACAUCCGCCAACCCGACGGGAGAGGCAGACACCACACACCACAACCAGGUGUAUGCCAAGCUGGGGGACAAGGUGGAUGCAGUUCUUUGUGAUGGGCCUUCUCCAGAGAUCAUUGCCUCCACCGUGGUGGACUGCACCAAAAUUGACAGUGGGCACAUCGGGUUCUUCAGAGUUGGCAUCAUCCCCAAGUCUCAGGUGCUGCAGAUACUGGAGCAGGUGCAGAAGAAGCACACGGUGGUUCCUAACAGUGGCACCUGCACCACAAAAGGCCAGGAAGAAGAUGGGAAUCAUGGCCAUGCUGUGCAGAAUGGGGUGGGCAGGGCUGCCCCAGGGGGGGCUGUGCCAGGACAGUCCCCCCAGGGGGGCCACCAGAACCACACUCGCCUCUGA